AUGGGUCGCAAGAAAGCUGUCAAUGAAGAUCUUCUAGCCGACAUCCCUGAUUCAGUUAACGCUCAACCAGCACAAACCCAGCCUCAACCAAAGCAAAAGCCAAAAAGACUUAAGAAGGCUCAGCCUAAGGCAACAAGUGAGAAGACCCCUUCUGCUGCCAAGAAGAGGCCCGCCAAGGCCCAACCAUCCGAAUCUACUAGAUCAAAGAGGCUGAGGUCGUCCUCUGUGACCACCUUGGGGCCAUUAAAAUAUGAUUCCCCCUGGGCCCCGCCAAUCACAAUCGACGACAAGCCAGUUAAGGCUGGUGAUAGCGCCAACGACAUUGAGGUCGGCGUUGCCCUCUCCGCCGCCUUGCUUCUGCUCGAAGAUCUUAAUCGUAAAGGUAGGAUGAGCGAAUACGAAAAUUUUGCUCUAAUGCUGCAGCAUUCCGUUCAAGAGUUAGCCGACAAGACCAGGGAGGUCUCUAAUUUGCAGAAGACCCUCAAAAAGACCAAGGGAAAGAUAAAGACCUUGUCAGAUCAGGCCGAGGCAGCCAUCAAGGCUAAAGAUAAGGCCGAAGAGAAAGCUGAUGCUGCCGAGGCCAUUGCCAAGGUCCUUGAGGCCCAAAAGAAAGAGGCCGAAAAAAAGAUGGUCGAGGCCCAAAAAGAACUUCAGGAUGCUUUGGCCAUAAAAGAGGCCGAGAUCAAGGCCGCUGAUGAGAGGGCGUAUGCUGAGGGGGCGGCCGACGUCAAGGAGGACUACAAAAAGCAAGUGAAGCAGGAAGCUGCUAGGUUCAAGUCCCCUACUCCAAAUGAGCAAGUCCUAAACUUGACUCAGGACGAGGAGGGUGAGGUCCCCAAAAAUGACACUCCUGAGAAGACAACAUCGGACGUGUCCAUUGCCGACAAGAGCAUCGACCAGACUCUCAAAGAGAUCGAUGCCGAGCUUUCUGCCAAGAAGGACGCCGAGAAUAAUUCUCAAAUGUCUUCAGAGCCCCAUCCUACUGCUGAUGCCCAAUAG